UAAUGAUUUUUUAUUUGAAAAUGUUUACCGUAUCGCUACCGCGUAAUAUAAUACGCUUCUUAUUUUAUACUUUGCCUCUGAUUGGCGGGAUUAAUAGUUGGCGCCCUUUCUAUUCCAAAACUAAUGAAGAAAUACUAGGACCCUUCAACGUUGUAAGAUCAGUCGCGACGCGGCGUGAUAGCGUGGAGUUAAGCGGAGAUAUUUAUUUUAACAAAUCUUCCAGUCGCGGCAAUUAUUUGAGAAUUCUCGGUGACACACAAAAACGGCAUUCCAUUCCUUUUACCGCGAAAUACGAUAAUCGUGGGAAUUACGACGACAAAAUUUUGUUGAUAGCGGAAGAGGAUAUCGGUUCGCGGGCGCGCGAUAGUCGGAUUAGAAAUAUAUUGAGCGAAUUUAAGCUGGCGGUGGAUAUCCAAAAUUUAGCAAAACCUGACGACAGUAUUUUACCAUCCGUAAUCACGCAACACGUUAAUCCGGUAGAUUUGAACGACGUCUUAGAGAAAUCCGAUAAACCUAUCAGAUCGAUCUCUAAAAGGGACACCAGACAGCUAAAAGAAGAGAAUUAUAACACGGGAUUCAACACCUUCUGGAACAUUCCUACUAACUUGUGCAGGGAGAAGAUGGGCAUCGAGUUACCACUUUCAUCCUACGGAAUCAUAGCGAACGAGGAACAAAAGUUUUUCGGCUCCAAAAUAAAUAUAUUUUACCUCAACAACGGUCUUUGGCCCCAUUACGAGGAAGGGGAUCCUUCUAGCAAAAUAGCACCAAAUAUAUUGUUUCUAAACGAGCUUAAUAACCAGGAAUCACAUCUUUUGGAGAUCAAUCAUGGCAUUCCUCAAAUAGGAAAUCUUGAUAACCAUUUGUCCUUAUUUAGGAAAAGCGUAGAAAAUAUAAUACCAGACCCUAAUUAUGAUGGAUUGGCCGUCAUCGAUUUCGAGGAAUACCAGCCAAGUCUCAAGGUCACAGAGGGCAAGUUCAGGGAUGUUUACAAGCAAAAAUCGUAUGAAUACGCCUUGCAAAGGUUUCCAGGUAGGGAGAAUGACCCGGAGCUUAAAGAGAUUUCCGAAAAUCUUUUCAACUCGGCUGCUAGAUUAUUCUUUGAGUCUACACUCAAAUUGGGGAUUCAGAUGAGACCGAACGCUAAAUGGGGUUAUUACGGAUUCCCUUAUUGCUAUAGAAUAGAAUUAGGCAUUUUAGAUUGUUCCGAACGCAUGUCCACCAUGAACAACGAAAAUAUGUGGUUAUACGAGGCAUCCACCGCUCUUUUCCCUUCCAUCUAUUUGUAUAAUAAACCCUUACCCGAACCCAUAGAUACUGGCAUUUGGAUACACAAAAUUUUUAGAGAAGUUAAUAGGCUGCGCAACAAAUUGAGGUACAAACAUUUGCCAACUUUCCCUUAUUUCCGGUUCGAAUACCCGGCAGAAGAGGGAGAAAGAUACGAAAAAUAUCUCCAAGUGAAGGAUUUAAAGUUUUCCUACAAACAGGCACUGGAAAUGGGGAUGAAUGGAAUGAUUAUAUGGGCAUCCUCGCAAAGAUUGGUCGAUAAAUGUCUAAACAUCAGUCAAUACCUGAAAAAUUAUUUAGGUCCUAUAUCAAAUAUGAGCAAAGUAUUCGCGGAAGUUUGUAGAAACACGAUUUGCCGAAAAAACCCUCUCCAGUCCCCCAUGUUUGGAAAUUACGCCACACGGUCGCUCAAUAAUCAGGCUAACGAGGACAGGUGCGUCAAAAUCGAUUCAGAAAAUAUGGAAUAUAUUUAUAAUAUUCUGAAAACCUCACACUACCUAGAUUCAUAUCCCGAGCGUUAUGAAGACAUCGAGAGUCAGUACAGAUGCGUGAGGGUUUGAGAAGAUUUUAAGCGUUUUUUAAGACAAAAAUUUUAAAAUAAAAAAUAUCUCAUUCCAGCAUAACACAGUAUACAGUAUAGUUUUCUAGUCGUAAUAUUUUUACAAAAAAAAAAAUUAUUUUUGGUUUUAUACAAAGAAUUUAUAUUGUGU